GGUGGCGUCCCUGGCAGGAAGGCGGAAGCAUUUGGGUUUUUAAUUCUCCCCAAGUCCCCACAAGAUUCCGUUGCUGCCCUACAUUUCCCCUUUGCUCCACAUGGGGAGUUUCCGAUUUCCCUUCCUCAAAACUCAAGCGGCCGGCUUCCUCUUACCGCCCCCGUCCUGCCGCAGCGCCCGCCUCUCAGCGGCCGCCGGCUCCCUCCACAGGUCACGCACCGGAGCCCCCGCCGCGGCCCCGCCGGCCCGCCCCGCGCCUUUCCUCAGCGCGCUCCUCCUCCCCGUCUUUCUUUCCUCGUCACUCCCCAUCCGAGCCUCUCUACUCUCUCAGCUGCCUCCACUACCUCCUUCCUGCCUCUCCUCCCCGGAACAGCAAGAAGGAGGGACAAAACAAACGUGGUUGCCACGGCACCGCACUCAAGGUAUCGCGAGAUUUGAAAUUAGCCAAUGGAAACCGGGGAAGAGGAAAACGUGGCACGCACCUAGGGGCGGUGCCGGUAAGGGUCCCUCCCGCGUCCACCCCUUCCCCGCGGGCCAGGCGGCGGCCGCGCGCAACACGCUCGACCCUAUAAAGGGCGCUGGGCAAGGCGCGCGCUCCACUCAGCAGAGGGCGCCUCCGCGAGCCGUGCCGUGCGCUUGCGCAGUGCGGACAGCUCCCCGCCCCCGGCCCCGCUGCCCCAGCCGCCAGCCGCCCUCAGCCGGCCGGCCGGCCCCUCCUCGGCCCCGCGCUUAGCCUGCUCGUUGCCCCGCAGCAGCCUCCAGCCAGGUCUACAGCAGCA